AUGGAUUCGGGUGGAAGGUUUAACAAUUUUGGGGUUGAGGUGCUCAACCAUUCUAACUACAAGAUAUGGAGGUUGUGCAUGGAGUCUUAUCUUGUUGGGGAAAACUUAUGGGAGGUUGUUGGUGGAGGUGAUGUGAAUCCUCCGAAAGAUGCUCCGGAGAACGUCAAUAACUUGAAGAAAUGGCGGAUAGCGAAUGUAAAGGCAGAAUCUAUCUUGAAGAGAUCUAUUUCCCAUGGGCUAUUUGAGCAUAUCAUUGGGUAUAAAUCGGCAGGUGAGAUUUGGACUACCCUUUAUGGGUUGUUCAAUAAAAAAGAUGUGGCUCGAUUGCAAUUAAUGGAGAACAAGUUGGCAAAUACAACUCAAGGUGAUCUCUUUAUUUCUCAGUUUUUCUUAAAGAUUAAAAAUCUUUGUUCAGAGAUUUCAGCCCUUAAAACAGAAGAACCUAUAUCGGAGGCACGAAUGAAGCGUCAUAUUAUUCAUGGUUUAAAUGAGUAUAUUCCCUAUGUUACGUCUAUUCAAGGAUGGGCUAUUCAACCCACCUUGGUAGGGUUUGAAAGUCUUCUCACAUCACAAGAAUCAUUGGCUCGACAAAUAGCGAGAUGCUCCAUUUCGGGAAGUGAAGGAGAUGCGCUCUUUUCCAAUAAAAAGAAAAUUUUCAGCAAAGGUAAAAAUGAUGGUUUUAGAAAGCAUGAAGAUGGUGGAGAAUCAUUCGAGAAGCGAGAUGAAAAUAAAAAUGUGACAAGUGUUAUCGAUGUGGUAAACUUGGACACAAAAAGAAGAAUUGUCGUGUGA